CACAUAUAAUAUACCUGUUCAUAGUUGAGUACCACUGAACUACGUGAAUUACAGUUUACAACCUCGUUUUUAUUAAAUCAUUUAAUAUCUUGUCUUUGUAUAUGCUAAUUUUUAUUUUAAACAAUGAGUCUUAUAGCGUACGGUAGUAGCGACGAUAAUUCUGAAGAUGAAGAAGUUAAUUCCGGUGAAUGUAGUAAUGAUAAAAAUAAAAUCACGAUUCUAACCAAAUCUUUGAAGAAGGAUUUAUGUGUACCUUCUCCAAAAAAUAACACAGAUGUAAAAAUAAUUGUAAAUAAUGAAUCAUUAUCAAAAUUUAAUUGGAGUGUAUUGCCAAAACCAAUAAAUGUGAACACAGAGAAAAUGGAUUUGAAGGAGGAGGGUGAUAUUCCAAUGAAGAAGGAAUUAGAACAAGAGAAAAGGCCAACUAAAAAGCCAGUUAAAAUAAUGAUUCGAUCCUUAUGUGAAUUCAAAGAUUUAGAUGAAGAGGAUAAGAAGAAACAAAAUAGGAUUGCACCAAUAGAAAAAGGAUCAGGACUUUUCUCUAUCUUACCACCUCCUAAGAUACUGGAACAAAAAAGUAUCAAACCUUUAAUACCAAAUGUUGUUGUUAAGUCACAAAACGUAUCGACUACAAAAAAUAUUAUAUUACCUAGCGACAAGUUGAAAGAAUCAAAUUACGAAUCAAAUUCUGAAGAUGAAGAUGAAAGCGAUACAAAUAAAAAUAAUUAUCACGGAUCUGGCAUGGAUUUCUUUGCUUUGAAUACAGUAAAAUCUAUCACAGAUACAGAUUCUACAACGUUGGAUUUAAAGAAUACAGAAAGUAACGAUUUUGUAUCGACAUCAACAUUUUUGAAUGAAUCUAAAGCAAAAGAUAAUACAAAUGGAAAUAAUAUUGUACAUGACAAUAAUACGGAACAGUAUAUUCAAAAUUCGAAUUUGACAUUAAUAAGUAAUGUUAUAAAUUUACCGAAAGAAGAAAUAUUAAUCAAAAAUAAAGCAGAAAUUGGACCAAAAUUACCCAUUCCUGAACAAGAAUAUAACGUAGAUGCCGAAGGUAAUGUAGCAUUUGAUGAAAAAGCUAUAGAAUAUUUGUGCGGUAAGAGAGGUAUAAAGAGAAAAUGUAAGGAAAUGGAAGAAGCAAACAUAAUUGAAAUAAGUGGCGAUGAUAUUAAACCCGAUGAAAGAGAAUGGUUAGUGAAGGCAUUAACGGAAGAACCUGUACAGAGGCCUGUGUCUAUGCAAAGUAGUGGAAUUAAUUUUCAAUCAAAAAAGAAGCAUCAAAUUACAUACUUAGCACACCAAGCUAAAGCUAUGGAACUUGAAUUGAAGAAUCAAUGGUCUCUUAACAGAAUGACAAGGAAACAAACACAAUCGAAGUAUGGUUUUUAAAAACAGGUGAAAAUAUCAAAUUAUUUAUCACGAGUGCGAAUCUAUUUCUGAUAAAAUCAUCCUUCAUAAAAAGGUUAUUAUAAUAUAUAACGAUAAAAAAUAAUAUUAUAAUGUUAUAACAGGUAGUGGUAUUUUUCUAGACUAGUAUUUAAUUAUAGAAUUCGAUCGAAACAAUUUUCAAUGGAUGUGAUAUAUUUUUUUCUUCAAAAUAAUUAAUGAUGUUAAUUCUACAGAAUUCGUUCUGUGAAACUAUAUUUGUAAUAUAGUUACAUAAAGUUACAUCCAUUGAGCCGAUGUUUAUGAAAAUGGUUCAAGCCUGAGAUAUUAAAUAACAUAUUUUGUCACACACAAACACAUACACGUGUGUACGUGCGCGCGCGUUAUUUUUAAUAUUUCAAAAUUAUAUAAAAGAAUGAUGUUUCUUAAGAAUAAUUAUACUUACUUUCUUUAUUUGUCGGUAUAAAUAAAUAAAUAAUAUUUAAAUAAUUCAAAUCCAAAUGUCAAAAUAUCUCAAAAUGAAAAAUAUAUUAUUUGGUGAAUAAUAUAUUUGAUGAAUUAAUUCAUACUUAUCGGCUCAAUUAUUAUUAAAAAUUAUGUAAUAGUAAUUGUUUUAUAUUUAAUACAUCAGAUACCAUCAGACUAUAAUUAUUUUUUGCUAGUCGUUGUCGAGUAAGAUCUCCGUUUUUGAUCGAUGUCACGUAAAAUCUCGCGAAUCGAUUUGGAAUCAUUCUUAUACUUAAGUUCUAAAUAAAAUAUGAUAGUCGAUAUCGAUAAUCCAAGUAAAAGCAAAAAAAAAGCAGCUCCUAAAGGUAUUAAAGUGAGUACUCUCAAUCUUCCAUCCUUUCCAUCGUAUUCUACGAGAACUUCCCGAAGAUUAAAAUCAGCACGUCGUCGUAAAACAUCCUGCAAAUGAAAAGUAAUGAUCCCGGAUUCCCUUAAUUGUAACAUCAUCUGAAACACGAUAAAUUAAUUUUCAGAAUUGAGAUAAUGUAUUGUAAUUAUUUCGAAGUUAUAUAAAUAAAUAAUUUUGUUCGAAGUACCCCGUUUAUAGGUGAGAUGAGCCAAGGUUGAGCAACAAAAGAUGCAUAAUAUUUUCCAAUCAUUUCUUUCAUCAUCCGAUAAUUCUUUUUAAACCAAAAAAAAAAAAGACCCAAUUUAUAGAUCGCCUCAUUAAAGAUCAUUGAGUUUCGUUAAACGUUAAUGCCUUACUUUAAGAUCCAUAUUAUAAAUUUCAUCAUCGGGGAAGAAAACAGACCCAACGAAACUUCCAAUUAUAGCGAUAUUGCCUUUAACAAUAUUUUCACGGAUUUCCUCAGUUCUAAUGAGUCUAUAUGUAUUCGGCAACUGAGAUGAAUAAGGAUCCUAAACAAAACAUUCACCCUUCUGUUUCAUAAAGUUAAUUAUAAUUUUUUGUGUCGUUAGAUUUUUUAAGAAUUAAAGUAAUACGCGCGCAUGUGUAUAUGUGUGUGUACGUAUAUACGUAUAUAUCCAUUUUCUUAACGUACUUCGUAGUCGAUGAAAUCUGUGAAAGAUGGGAUCAUUUUUCUUCCCCAAACUAAUUUAGCUUCGAGAAAUUGUUUUAUCGUGUCGAUCCUACAAAAAGAAAUUUCAAUUCAAAUAAUAUUACCAAUUAGAAAUAAUGUAAUAAUUAAUUAUUUUCAAUAUAAUUCAUACCUAUUUUCAUACUCGGAGUUAGUUAAUUUAGCUGCGAGACUACUGCUAUAAGCAGUGACAAGUAUCAAUCCCAUUGUUUGCCAAAGAUAUAAUUGUAGUUUGACGCUAAUCAUAUUUUUUGGUGCCCAAGAACCCAAUAAACGACCGGUCAAUUCGA